AUGAGUUCCGGCGAUGAGUUCCAACAAUUGGUGGAUAUGGAGUUCGAUGAACUCGUUCAAGAGGUGCAACGGGAAGCAGAAGAGGAGGAGGCGGCGGCGGCGGCGGCGGCGGCGUUCGUUCGCCCGUUCUAUCAUCGGCGGACCAUCUGGCAUGACCAUGUCGGGGCACACCAGCGGUUGGUAGAAGACUACUUUGGCGAUAACCCCCGUUACCCAGCAGAGAUUUUCCGUCGCCGCUUCAGAAUGUCGCAACGGCUAUUCAUCCAUAUAGCGAAUACAUUGGCGCAGCAGUACAGCUGGGACGGCCAGCUGAGGCAGUUUUGUAAUUGUAUCCAGACCAUCUUCGGUCCGGAGUAUCUACGGAAGCUAAAUGCCGAUGAGUGCCAAAGAUUGAUAGAUAUGCACGGGCGAGUGCAUAAUUUUCCGGGGAUGAUGGGCAACAUCGAUUGCAUGCACUGGGAGUGGAGGAACUGCCCGGUUGCUUGGAAGGGGCAGUUCACAUCUGGAUUCAAAGGAAGACACCCAACAAUGAUACUGGAAGCUGUUGCUGACUACCGACUGUGA